CGGCUGAUAACAAACGCGAGAGAGAUGCAGUGGAUUUUCUGCCAGGCCAGGAAUAACUGUGCUUCAUUUCAAUUCCUUCACGUCUCACGCUUCGCUUCAGCGCCUGAUGGAGCGACGAACCUUGGUGUUCGUUUUUCUUUCGACCACCACCUGCUCCUAGAGCUCCUCACCAGCGCAGUCCGCUCGCAACCGUCCUUCAGCCAAGUGCACCCGAUUUAUUCGGGUUUGCAUUGCAUGACGUGACCAUGGUGCCUGUCCUCCUCGUCCUCUGCCUCCAGGCUUACUUGAGGCUAACAGGAGCGGACCGAGGAGAAAUUAACUCUGUAACAGAUUUGGAGACGCAAUGUUCGUCGUCGGUCAUGCAAAUCACCGUGCACUUCUCAGCGCCGUUCCACGGCCUCCUGCACGCCCGCGGUUUCCCCAGCGAGUGCCUGGUGCAGGGAACGGGACUGCGAUCGCUCACACUGUCCCUGCCAACCUCGUCCUGCGGAGUCAGACUCACGCAGGACCUGCACUUCCAGGCGGCCGUUGACAUCCAGUUUGAUGGAAAACUGCAGCUGGCGCUCGACGAGCGGCGCCUUGCCUCUUGCGUCGCGCCCCUUGAGGACAACGAGAUUUUCACAGAAGCGGCACCACCGGGGACGCCGCACCACCAGGCCCUCCGAUCUUCCUCGAGGGAAAUGGAAUUUGAACCUGCCAGGGCUUGGAUGGAACUUGAGGCUUCAGGCGGAAAAGGGGUGGCCCUGGUUGGCGAACCGGUGCGGCUGAGAGUGAGGACCAAGGGCAUUGAUGGUCUCAAGAUGCGGAUCACCGACUGCGUAGCUCACGAGGGUGCCGGUGAAUCUCCUCAAAAACUGCUGGAUGAGCUCGGUUGUCCCAUUGAACCGCAGGUCCUAGGUCACUUCAACUACACCAAGCAGGGCGCCCUUGCCAUUUUUCCUGCCUUCAAGUUCCCGGACAGGGAAAGUCUGCACCUGCAGUGCGUUCUGAUGCUCUGCAGGGACGCGUGUCCGGUCGGCCGCUGCCGCGACAACACGAUGGCGGCGUCCGGUGGAGUUCACUCGCAGGUUGUGCGCAAGAUCAAAGUCUUCAACAGUCUCAGGGUGGCCGCCCCUGGUAUCGAGAUGGAGGCCAAUGAAGUUGCUGAUUUUCAAAGACAAGACGAUGUUGAAGUUGAGAAACUGGAGAGGAACUUUUGUCUUUCAGCUCCGAAAUUGGCGCUAGCCCUGGCCCUGUUAGGACUGUUGCUUGUCCUUGCAGUUGGAGUGGCUCUUUUCUCAGCGACGGCCAGUCGUCGAAAACCAUACGUUCGGGUCAUUUAUUAGAUUUAUGUUUAUGUAGGGAAAAAAAUUACACAUAUCAAAUUGACAUCUGUGAUCUCUUGUGGUGGCGGAGGGAAAAUACUCAUCUUUUUGGUUUAACGGUUGGGGUUUUGAAACAUUUUGUGUUCUUUUUUGUGUACAAUUUGGCAAAUAGUACAUUAAAGAGAAUGUUCAAAAUAAAUCUAAUUUUAUAUAAAAUA